UGUUUGACAAUUCGAAAAAACUAAACAUUGUAAAGUGCAAAAUUGUUGAUUGAGCGUGAAGUAAACUGGUUAACUGGGUAAGACUCUAACCUCUAAAAAUCUGAAUUAUUUCUUAAGGGAGAGUCUUGCAAUUAACUAAGUAGAAAUUGUGUGAGAACUCAAGUAGUCAGUAAAAAUGCAACACAACGUAACGUUGAAUCCGGUGCAGCUCGACCCGUCGACAGCGUUAAAAAUAACGAUGGGAGGUUCGAUGUUUCAAGAGCGAUCGCUGAUGGGUCGUCCGGAUGUUUGGCACAAGAUAAAAGUGAUCGGAGGGGCUCGCUACGAAAAGGAUUUCAUCCUAAAGUUGAUAAUCAACGCGAUUGAACCAGCCGAUCUGAUUCCAGUGAGAUACCAUGUGAGCGGCCAGGACAGCGCCUUCAUAGCAAGAAACUGCGGUCUGGCACUUGACAAGCUCUGCAGAUCAAAUUUGAUCAUAAAUAACCCAAAUGGCGAUCCUCUGAUCAUUGACAUCACUUUGGGCUUUGCUUCUAUCCACGACCUCAAGGUUAAUAUUCAGGCCCUCCUGCUGGCUGCGCUGAAUCGUCGUUACGAUCCAAAGAGAAAGAUAUUACACCUGGAUAGGUUCCACAAGGACAUAGAAAUGUCGAAGACAGUUUACUGCCCCUUGUCGCAGCUAAGGACGUUCAGCUAUGUUCUAAAGGUAGCAAAGAACGCGCUCAACGGUUUUGAACAUCUAAACCUACAACACAACGAACUCCUGAGCUUGUCCUCUAUAGAGAGUUCCAACUUAAGUCCAAUGUUGAAGUCACUGGACCUGAGAUACAACAACCUCAUGGGUAUGGAAGCGCUAACGCCGCUUAGGGGACACAAAAUAACGGACAUAUGGCUCGACGGUAAUCCCGUGUGCGAGAAUUACUCUAGUCCUGAAAAAUACAUCGAGUCUGCGAGGCGGUAUUGUCCGCACUUAACCAAACUGGAUGGGGUCUACAUAGGGGCACCUGGAAUGCCGCUCACUUAUAAUACAUAUUUUAGCAAUGGAGAGAAAAAGAAACUGGUCAAUCAAUUCGUCCAUCACUUUUUUACCCUUUAUGAUCAGAGCGACAGAAUGAUAUUAAGAGGCUUGUAUCACCAGGAUGCGUUGUACUCCAUGACACUUGGCAUCCCGCCUGCUCUUGCUGCAAAAAAGAAUCUCAACAAAUUCAUAGUUGCAAAUAGAAAUCUGACAAAACUUACGGACUUUGCCAAGAGUCAUCAACUCCUUUUCCGCGGUCCUGAAGCAAUUCUCAAAGCCUUAAACAAGCUGCCACAAUCUUCGCAUGACCGUACCACGUUCAAGUGCGACUUGCUGUAUGAUUGUAACAAUCACAUUGCCAUUACAGUGGAAGGAGUAUUGAGGGUACUGGACAACAAAACGACUCAAGUUUUGUCAUUCAACAGAACGUUUAUAUUAAGGGAGGGAGAAGACGACGAAUAUAACAUCGUCAACGAUCAGUAUCAUGUGGACUUUGGACCUCUGGGCCGAUUGGCAGAGACUUAUCAAGAUGAGGCAAUUGAAAAUAUUUCCAAAUCGUCUUGUUUCAGUCGUACAGAGAAAAAUGAAUUGAUAGAAACCUUGAGAGAUGUUUCGACAAUGAAUCGUGAGUGGUGCUCAAUGUACUUGGAAGAUGCAGGCUGGAAUCUGCGCAAAGCAAUUGCUGAUUUUGUUGAAAACUAUAAGAAAUCUGGCGUGCCACCUGAAGCAUUUCAAAAGUGAUUAGAAUCAAGGGGUUCUCUCUUGAAAAAGUAAAAUUCCACGGUUGGAUAUUACUUGCAUGACAAAACAGUUGCACAGUUGAAUGUUGCCCAUGUGAUACAUGAAACAAUUACUAAGCACAAGCAAAAUGUAAAAACUGUGUAUUGACCACGAUGAAGUUUCCUGUACAAAUCUGCACACAAUCAUGUGCGGCAGGUAAUCCUUAUCAAAAUAAGACUGUAAAAUUGUAGGCGCGAGUUUUUGUAAAUAUUUAAA